GGGGCAGAGGAGCGCAUGCGCAGUAUGUGUGGUUGGGGAAUUCAUGUGGAGGUCAGAGUGGAAGCAGUUAUCUUGGCCCCAGGAUGUCAUCCAGCUCCUGCUUCCAUAAGAAGCAUGUCGUUCUUAAUACACGAUGUUGACAAGCAGUAUGGUGAGGAGGUGUGAGAGGGUCCAGCAGAAGGAAACAUGGCUGCCAAAGUGUUUGAGUCCAUUGGCAAGUUUGGCCUGGCCUUAGCUGUUGCAGGAGGCGUGGUGAACUCUGCCUUAUAUAAUGUGGAUGCUGGGCACAGAGCUGUCAUCUUUGACCGAUUCCGUGGAGUGCAGGACAUUGUGGUAGGGGAAGGGACUCAUUUUCUCAUCCCAUGGGUACAGAAACCAAUUAUCUUUGACUGCCGUUCUCGACCACGUAAUGUGCCAGUCAUCACUGGUAGCAAAGAUUUACAGAAUGUCAACAUCACACUGCGCAUCCUCUUCCGGCCUGUUGCCAGCCAGCUUCCUCGCAUCUUCACCAGCAUCGGAGAGGACUAUGAUGAGCGUGUGCUGCCGUCCAUCACAACCGAGAUCCUCAAGUCAGUGGUGGCUCGCUUUGAUGCUGGAGAACUAAUCACCCAGAGAGAGCUGGUCUCCAGGCAGGUGAGCGACGACCUUACGGAGCGAGCCGCCACCUUUGGGCUCAUCCUGGAUGACGUGUCCUUGACACAUCUGACCUUCGGGAAGGAGUUCACAGAAGCGGUGGAAGCCAAACAGGUGGCUCAGCAGGAAGCAGAGAGGGCCAGAUUUGUGGUGGAAAAGGCUGAGCAACAGAAAAAGGCAGCCAUCAUCUCUGCUGAGGGCGACUCCAAGGCAGCUGAGCUGAUUGCCAACUCACUGGCCACUGCAGGGGAUGGCCUGAUCGAGCUGCGCAAGCUGGAAGCUGCAGAGGACAUCGCGUACCAGCUCUCACGCUCUCGGAACAUCACCUACCUGCCGGCGGGGCAGUCCGUGCUCCUCCAGCUGCCCCAGUGAGGGCCCACCCUGCCUGCACCUCCGCGGGCUGACUGGGCCACAGCCCCGAUGAUUCUUAACGCAGCCUUCCUUCUGCCCCCACCCCAGAAAUCACUGUGAAAUUUCAUGAUUGGCUUAAAGUGAAGGAAAUAAAGGUAAAAUCACUUCAGAUCUCUAAUUAGUCUAUCAAAUGAAACUCUUUCAUUCUUCUCAUAUCCAUCUACUUUUUUAUCCACCUCCCCUACCAAAAAUUGCCAAGUGCCUAUGCAAACCAGCUUUAGGUCCCAAUUCGGGGCCUGCUGGAGUUCCGGCCUGGGCACCAGCAUUUGGCAGCACGCAGGCGGGGCAGUGUGUGAUGGACUGGGAAGCACAGGUGUCUGCCUAGGUCCACGUGUGGCCUCCGUCCUGUCACUGAUGGAAGAUUUGCGGAUGAGGGCAUGUGCGGCUGAACUGAGAAGGCAGGCCUCCGUCUUCCCAGCAGUUCCUGCGCAGGUGCCGCUGAAGAGAGGUGCCGGGGAGGGGCAGAGAGGAAGUGGUCUGUCUGUUACCAUAAGUCUGAUUCUCUUUAACUGUGCGACCAGCGGAAACAGGUGUGUGUGAACUGGGCACAGAUUGAAGAAUCUGCCCCUGUUGAGGUGGGUGGGCCUGACUGUUGCCCCCCAGGGUCCUAAAACUUGGAUGGACUUGUAUAGUGAGAGAGGAGGCCUGGACCAAGAUGUGAGUCCUGUUGAAGACUUCCUCUCUACCCCCCACCUUGGUGCCUCUCAGAUACCCAGUGGAAUUCCAACUUGAAGGAUUGCAUCCUGCUGGGGCUGAACAUGCCUGCCAAAGAUGUGUCCGACCUACAUUCCUGGCCCCCUCGUUCAGAGACUGCCCUGCUCACGGGCUCUAUGCCUGCACUGGGAAGGAAACAAAUGUGUAUAAACUGCUGUCAAUAAAUGACACCCAGACCUUCCGGCUCA